AUAAAUAAAUAUAGGUGAAGAAGAUAGUCCAAAACCUAAUCAUGUAGUCAUGCAUGCCACGUCACAUCACACCAUGGCAGUGUCUAAAAUAAUAGCAACAUAAUUCCCGCGAUUUUUUUUAAAUUCAACAUUCUAAACAGAGGACGCUGAAACCAACAAAUCAGGUCCUAUCACCAUCCUGAACUAGGAACCAAAAACAGCAAAGCCGGCAGGAGAUUCUUUGUGUUCUCUCCAAUCUCCAUCCCUCCCAGCCCCACAGGCAUCUUGCCCGGCGUCCAAGCAAGCACAACAGCUCACCUAUCUCACCUAUCCAUCCAUCCAUCCACCCGUCCGUCCUUGUUUCCCCUAUGCAUUCUUUCUGUCUGCCUGAUCAGGACAAGCCAUGGCGUCGUCGUCACCAUCGCUCCUGGACCUCAUGAGCCUGUCGCCUUCCCACGACGGCUGCACGGACGACGACGACUCCUCCGAGGGGAGCUGCGGCGGCAGCACGGUGCAGGUGGUGCCGAGGGACGUCUCCGACGAGCUCCUCGGCAAGUUCGAGGACGCCGGCGAGUUCGGCUUCGAGUACGCCCGGAGCGGCCUCUGGUCGCCGCUGGUGCUGCGGCCCGAGGUCCUCGCGAUCGCGCACCGGGGCCGGGGGAGGCGCGGCCGCCGGAACUGGAGGAGGAAGGUUGGCACGGUGUUCUGCUGCUGGUGACAUCCAUCCAGGGCUCGUGAGUUCUUGUGCGGUUUAGUUGGAGUCUGCUCAUGUAACUAUUUUUGUGCUUUAAUUUGGCGAUGAAAAUAGUUUGUUUGCACUUCUGUUUGAAGAAAAAUACUUUGUACUGGGAAAUGUAAAGAUAGUAGUAGGAAUGUAGGAUGCUUGUGGGCAUGUAUGUAAUGUUGUGUGUGUCCACUAAUUAGUUUGCUCAGAAUUCUGAUAAGUUUGCAAAAUGCACCAAAAUUUGCGUAGUGUUGUAAUUAUUCCUUUUGAGGGACUCGUAUCAACAUACCCUGUUCUCACUGCUGUGAAAAUUGAGCUUUGUUACCGUUUCUCA